AAGCUUAAUGGUCAUCAAAUUACCACCCAGUUGCCUAAUGUCCAAUUUUGUUUAUUUUCAAUUACCAUGUAUUAGUGAAGAAGAAGAAAACAGGAAUACACUGAAUCAACAAGAAGACUUUAAAAGAUCUGGACUCCAUGGAUGAUUUAUGCCUAAUGUCUCACAAACUCGAAGACUUACAGCUGAAAACCAACAAACUGGUAGAAGAAGCAGACAGCAAAGACAGGACUUCAAGUGAUGAACAGAGAGAAGACUUAGAUGAUGAAGAUAGCCAGCCAACAACAGCAGACACUGGUCACUAUCGAUGGGUGAAAGAUGAGGGAGCUCACUUCCUCCACUUUUCUAGGCAGUAUCGUCUCACUCGCAGGUGGGCGGUACAGUUACUCACAAACGAAACUGUGUGCAAACAUUGUUUAAAAGAGUUCAGACACAUUGUAGCACUCCAGAGCUGAAAAGAAUGGAAGAAAAGUACCUACAAAUGGUCUUCAAAAAGAAUGGUUAUCCACAAAAUUUCA